GUUACACAUUAAUCAGGUACACAGCAAACAGAAGGACAGAACUGAAGUAUACUAUUCACACUUCAACCAGCUGAGAGACCUACAGCACUUAUAUUUGCUGAAUCAAGCAUAACAGCAGUGUCUGGGGACAACUGACAUGGCAAGGCGUUAACCUAACUAGCAGAAAACAGAACAGCUUUGCACAAUUACUCUCCAAAGCCUGUGCAGGAAACAUGGUUGCCAAGGCUACUCUCCCCAGCAGGUGCUGGACCAGGAUGUGAUCUCUGCUUUAUGGUGGCUUUUGCAAAUAUUCUGAAAGCAAUGUGGCCAUCUUAGAAGGACUUUCCAACCUCCACCUGACGUCACCUGAUCCUCAUAGAAACCUGGAAGAUUGUCCACACAUCUGCCAGCUCCGGCCAGGUUUAGCUCCAGGACAGGCCAGUGUCAGCUCCAGGACAGGCCAGUGUCAGCUCCAGGACAGGCCAGUGUCAGCUCCAGGACAGGCCAGGGUUAGCUCCAGGACAGGCCAGGGUUAGCUCCAGGACAGGCCAGUGUCAGCUCCAGGACAGGCCAGUGUCAGCUCCAGGACAGGCCAGUGUCAGCUCCAGGACAGGACAGGGGUCAGCACUCCUUUAUUCACUGACCACCCUUGCAGUGAAGAGGAAAACUGACCUUUCUUCACUGGACAUUGUCCUAAUCCAAAGACACACUGAAAGCCCCAUGGAAAAGCAAAAAGUCAACAAUCUACUGAAGCCCAGCCUCAGCACAGUUCAGAUAACCUAUGGACUGACAACUCUAAACCUUAACAUGGGCGGAGGAGAUCUGUGUCUCAGUCUUUCAUCCUGAAGUACAAAGUUGAAGCCGUCAGCAGAUCCGUCUCUAGACUGAAAGAGAUCAGGGAGAGAGAAAAAGGGGUAAUCAGGGGAGUCCAAGGCAGUGUGUGCGGGCCAUGCAAGGGUGUGUGUGCCAGCUCCUGCUGGUGAAUGCACUAGCAUAUGGGCUGGAGAUGUGUAUGGCUGCAGGGACCAUCUGCAUCCCUCCUCUACUGCUACAAGUGGGCAUGGAGGAAAGCUACAUGACCAUGGUGCUGGGUGAGUCAACGCAACAGGGAGUGGGCCCUGUUAUGGCCCUGAUCCUUGUGCCUAUGAUUGGAUCAGCAAGUGACUCAUGGCGUGGGCGCUUUGGUCGUCGACGCCCAUUCAUCUGGCUGCUGAGUGUGGGAUUUCUGUUGGGCUUGCAGAUCAUGCUCCAGGCCUCACGCCUGGCUGCUCUGUUCUCCCCACAGAAGCCCCACUGGUUGAAGGCACUGCUUCAAGCUGGGGCAGUGUGUAUGCUGGAAUUCUGUGGACAGGCCUGCUUCACGCCACUGGUGGCUCUGCUGUCAGACCUGUUUCCUGGAGAAGAGGAGAGCAGGAGAGCCUUCUCAGUGUACUCCCUCAUGAUCAGCCUGGGGGGCUGCAUCGGAUACCUGCUCCCGGUGGUAGACUGGAGCCACUCCUCCAUGGCAGUGUACUUGGGGGGCCAGGAGGCCUUCAUCUACACCUUGCUCUCCCUCAUCUUCCUCAUCUGCCUUCUCAGUACAGCCUUCAUCUCGGAGGAAAAAUGGACAGGGGGAGGAGGGAAGACAACCAGUAGGACUGCGGGGCUCAGCCCCACCUUGAAACCCUCCCCCUGGAGGAACCGCUGCUGUGCCCCCUCCCCUACACCCCAGUUCCCAUGUUUGUGCCUGGCACUGGGCCGCUGGUUGUUGAUGUGUGUUGUGGCGUUGCCGCGGGCGUAUGGUGUGUGUGCACGCAUUCCGGCAGUCAUGCAGAGGCUGUUUGUGGCAGAGCUUUGUAGUUGGAUGGCCCUAAUGAGUUUCAUGCUCUUCUAUGCCGACUUCAUGGGGGAGGGGCUGUAUAAGGGUGUGGCCCAUGCCCCACAAGGAAGUCAGGAUAUACUUCUCUACGAUGAAGGUGUGCGUGUAGCCAGUUUGGGUCUGUUCCUACAAUGCGUGACUUCUGCCAUCUGCUCCCUGCUUAUCGAGCGCUGGGUGGUGUUGCUUGGUGCCAGGGCUGUGUACUUCAGCAGCGUAGUUCUGCUGGCCUUAGCCACCGCCGUGAUGAGUCUGUCAGAGAGCGUGUUGAUUGUCACUGCCAUGGCGGCCGCAACUGGAUACACGUUCUGCGUGCUGCAAAUCCUGCCCUACAUGCUACUCUGUUUGUACCACUCCGAUAGACACGUGUACUUCUCCAGCUCCAAACUCAAACUGGCCUACCCUCAAGGAAGUGAUUAUCCUUCCUACUCCAAACCUCUCCUCUCCCCAGACUUAGCCAGUCUCCAUGGCAACAGCCACCCAGGGGGAGUCACUCUACCUGGGGCAUCUGGCUCUCUAACACCACUCUCCUGCCAAGUGCCCCUGCAGCUGGAGAGGGAGAGAGGUGAGGGAGACCCUGCAAACAUGUCCCAGAGAGGGAUGUGCUUAGACGUGGCUAUCCUGGACAGUGCCUACCUUCUCUCCCAGGUGCUGUCUGCGCUGUGUCUGGGCACUGUAGUUCAUCAGGCGGGCAGUGUGAGGGCCUACAUGGUGUCUGCCUGCUCUCUCAGCCUCCUGGCCCUGCUCUGCUCCACCCGGGUCACCUUCCAACUCAGUGACCUCCAAUGUUAACAAAGUACACACUUACAGGAGAGUGGUCACAGGAACAGCCUUGGCUCCUGGCCAACCACAGAGGUGACAGAGUAGAAGAGAUGCACUUCAAAUGGUGGGUCAUUGACCACAUGGAGAGGAUGGUUGUAAAAAGUGCCCAGUUUAGACUUGGGAAAACAUUUUGAGAGGUGGAUACACUGAAGUUGAUGAUAUCUUCACAAAGAGAAAACGACAUUCAGUAUUGUUAACUACUACAUAUUUUGAACAAUGCUUGUGUUAAAACAAUUAUGGAAGCUUAUGUUUGUCUAUUUAUUAAUGUGUUUACUUCCGGUUGAAGAGGUCUCUUAAGAAUGUCAUAAUCAUGUCUGUGUGUUUUUUUUGCAGCUGUGCACAGUUGCAAAAUUACACAGAGGAAGCUGUUCGUAACAUGCCACCUUAAAGUGUUUUCGAUUUGUUUUUGGGGAACAUUAUGGUCCUAUUGUCAGUAAAGCAUCUGCUCUUAAUGCUAAAUACCCAAUUUGCCAAUAGCUUAGUUUAGCUUUGUGCACAAACAACCCUUUUCAUACAUUUUUUAUAAAAAGCACAAUACUAAAAUAUACAAAUAAAUUAAAGCUAGAUAGACAAUGUUAUGGUGUAAUAAAUUGGUGUAUAAAAAUUGUGUAAAAGGUAGCUGUUUAUUUAGAAUAAUAAGGAACCUACAUUUCUUAAUGACUGAGAUGGAAUGUCCAGUAUGAAACAAAGGCAACAUGAUCCAAGAUACUUACUGUUCUUACCCAGGAGACCUUUCUAGUAUAGGACACAGAUAAAACACAUUUCAAAUUAUUCUGAAAAUGUAUUGACUGUUUUUGUCAUUAUGGGA